AACAUUUCGGAAGUGGGUUGUGCUCCGGUUCAGCAAAAAAAGUUACAAGAAGAUUUUAUAAUUAAUAAUAAUAGCAAUUAUGCCACAGAAAGCAGAAUCCUAAAAUACAAGAAGAUUUCAUAUUUCAUAAUUAUAACAAUUACACCACAGAAGGCAGAAUCCUACAAAUCACAAAGACAUUUUAUUUAACCUAUCCCUUCAGCCCAUCCCUAACUCCUUUCUCUUUAGCUUAGCCUUUAUUUGAUCAACUUCAACAUUUAUCAUUGUACCUAAUCAACCAACUUAUUGGACUUACUAUAAUUAACCAACCAAUCUAGCAAAAUUAAAACAACUAACCAAUGUGUCAAAUCAGUUAAUGACUACUAAUGUGAUUAAGCAACCACCAAAUUCUCUAUCUUUGAUGGAAAAGUCCUAAUGGUUGGAGAGUUUUUAAAUCAAAAUACCCGAUGAAUUAGAACAGUAUUUUAUUGAAGUAUUCACAUCGCAUUCAUCCAAAUUGAUAGAGUAUAGUAUUACAUUAAAAUACCUCAUCCAGUUAUUACCAUUGCCUAAACAAAAUCUCUAAUUAGGAACAAUCCUUAAUCCAUAAUCAAGGAUAAUCUCUAAUUCCUAAUCAAAGAUAACUCCAAUUCCUAAUUUGUGAUAAUUCCUAGCUCCUAAUCAAAAUGGCAGAAUCAUCAUCUUAUAUACUGCACAUGGGUGAUAUUAUUUCACUGUAUGCUGAAGGGAAUGUCUCUGGCUUCAUCUCAACUCUGGGCCUGGUGGACGACAGAUGCGUGGUGCAACCUGAGACUGGGGACCUCAAUAAUCCACCCAAGAAGUUCAGAGAUUGCCUAUUCAAAGUCUGUCCGAAUAACCGCUAUUCCGCUCAAAAGCAGUUCUGGAAGGCCACCAAGCAGAACAACAACGCCAACCUAACAAACGUUAAUACGGAUCUGUCCCUACUAAAAAAACUCAGCAAUGCAGCCGAACAAGAGAAAAAACAGAACGAAUUGGAAUACAAGAAAUCACUCGGGAUGCCUAUCACUUAUGGAAACAGUAUUCAACUCCUCCAUUUGAAGAGUAACAAAUUCAUAACGGUGAACAAGCGGCUUCCAGCUCAGAUGGAGAAGAAUGCCAUGCGGGUGACCCUAGACGCGGCGGGAAACGAGGGCUCGUGGCUCACCAUACUACCCUUCUACAAACUCAGGUCCCCCGGAGAUAAGGUCAUGGUCGGCGACAAGGUCAUCUUGAGUUCGGUCAACUCGACGCAGCCGCUCCACGCCAGCAAUCUCGACCUACCCGAUAACCCCGGAUGUAAAGAGGUGAACUCGGUGAACUCGAACACGUGCUGGAAGGUCAAUCUUUUCAUGGAUUUCCACGAGAACAUUGAGACCGUCUUGAAAGGGGGUGACGUAGUUAGACUCUUCCACGCGGAGCAAGAGAAGUUUCUGACGGGCGAUGAAUACAAGAAGAAGCACUACGUCUUUCUGAGGACCACCGGAAGAACAUCUGCCACGGCCGCCACCAGCUCCAACGCCCUCUGGGAAGUUGAGGUUGUGCACGACGAUCCAUGCAGAGGAGGGGCGGGACAUUGGAACAGCCUCUUUCGCUUCAAACAUCUGGCUUCCGGUCAUUACCUGGCUGCAGAGGUCGACAACGACCCCAACAGUGAUCCCAUGCGGACGAAACUUCGGGGCAAUCCACAGGCCCCGGUCUACUGCCUGGUCUCCGUACCCCACGGCCACGACAUGGCCUCCAUAUUUGAAUUGGACCCCACCACUAUGACCUCCGAUAGCACGGUUCCAAGGUCAUCCUUUGUUCGUCUGCGUCACUAUCUUACUAAAGCCUGGAUCCACAGUAUUAGCUUGCCCAUUGAUAAGGACGAAGAUAAGCCAAUCAUGAGCAAGGUGGGAUGUGCCUCGAUAAAAGAGGACAAGGAGGCCUUCGCCAUCGUUCCGGUCAGUCCGCAGGAGGUGCGCGACCUUGACUUUGCCAACGAUGCGGGAAAGGUUCUCGCAAACAUCGCCAAAAAAUUGGAGAAAGGUCCGAUGUCAGUGACCCAGUUAAUGCGUGACCUGAUUUACUUCGUGGCCUAUCAGGAGUACAGCACGUUGGACCCCCUGGACAUCGUCAUGGUGCACUCGGACCGGGAGAGGUCGAAGUUGUUGAGGGAGCAGAAUGUUUUGAAGCAGCUCUUCAAAAUCCUCAAAGCCCCAUUCACGGAUUUCGGCCAGGGCCCUCAGAUGAAGAUGGAGGAUCUGGCUGACCCGAAACAAGCCCACUUCAAGUACAUAUGCCAGCUAUCUUACCACAUAUUGAAACUGUCUCAACAUGAUUAUAGGAAAAACCAGGAGUACAUAGCGAAGGAGUUUCCUUUCAUGCAGAAACAGAUUGGAUAUGACGUGUAUGCUGAAGACACCAUGACAGCUCUACUGCACAACAACAGGCAGUUACUUGAGAAGCACAUCACAGCAUCUGAGAUUGAAACUUUCGUCAAUCUCAUUUCUGGAUUACCUAUCGGACCUGUGUGUAUCGAAUCACGUGGCAAUCCCAGUAACCCAGGAGCUCAUCUGCAAAUCCGUACUGGCCGAUAA